CUCCUUUUCCAACUUUUGUUUCUAGAAGACUUACUUGGGGACAGCUUCCUGGCGCUGAAAAAUCCUGACCAUUAUCCUCGAACAUGAAUGCUCGAAGGGCAGAGUUACAAGACCGGGCCAUCGUCAAAAUAGCAGCUCACCUACCAGACCUCAUUGUCUAUGGAGAUUUCUCUCCGGAGCGGCCGUCAGUGAAAUGUUUUGAUGGAGUUCUGAUGUUUGUUGAUAUUUCAGGUUUUACUGCAAUGACUGAGAAGUUCAGCACAGCCAUGUACAUGGACCGAGGGGCCGAGCAGCUGGUGGAGAUCCUCAACUACUACAUAAGUGCUAUAGUGGAGAAAGUGCUGAUUUUUGGAGGAGACAUCCUAAAAUUUGCAGGUGACGCACUGCUGGCCCUGUGGAAAGUGGAACGGAAGCAGCUGAAAAACAUCAUCACAGUGGUGAUAAAGUGCAGCCUGGAGAUCCACGGCUUGUUUGAGGCCAAGGAGGUUGAAGAAGGCCUGGAUAUCCGGGUCAAGAUAGGACUGGCUGCGGGCCACAUCACCAUGUUGGUCUUCGGGGAUGACACACGCAACUACUUUCUGGUGACUGGCCAGGCGGUAGAUGAUGUGCGCCUUGCGCAGAACAUGGCCCAGAUGAACGACGUUAUUCUGUCACCAAACUGCUGGCAGCUCUGUGACCGGAACAUGAUUGAAAUUGAGAGGAUUCCCGAUCAGAGAGCAGUUAAGGUUAGCUUCUUAAAACCACCCCCAACUUUUAACUUUGACGAGUUUUUCAACAAGUGUAUGGCCUUCAUGGAUUAUUAUCCUUCCGGUGACCACAAAAACUUCCUAAGGCUCGCCUGCAUGCUGGAGUCUGAUCCUGAUCUCGAGUUGUCCCUACAAAAGUAUGUGAUGGAAAUCAUUUUGAAGCAGAUUGACGACAAGCAGCUUCGGGGCUAUUUAUCUGAGCUCCGUCCCGUGACAAUAGUGUUUGUGAACUUGAUGUUUAAAGAGCAAGACAAAGCGGAAGUCAUAGGUUCGGCCAUCCAAGCUGCCUGUGUGCAUAUCACUUCUGUCUUGAAGGUCUUCCGAGGCCAGAUUAAUAAGGUCUUCAUGUUUGAUAAGGGGUGCUCCUUCCUCUGUGUCUUCGGUUUCCCCGGGGAAAAGGUACCUGAUGAAAUCACUCACGCCUUGGAAAGUGCCGUGGACAUAUUUGACUUCUGUUCUCAGGUCCACAAAAUCCGGACUGUCUCCAUCGGCGUUGCCAGUGGGAUCGUCUUCUGUGGGAUUGUCGGACACACUGUGAGACAUGAGUACACAGUCAUUGGUCAGAAGGUCAAUAUUGCUGCCAGGAUGAUGAUGUAUUACCCAGGCAUCGUGACCUGCGACUCUGUCACGUAUGACGGCAGCAACCUACCAGCCUACUUUUUUAAAGAGCUUCCAAAGAAAGUCAUGAAAGGUGUUGCAGAUGCUGGACCAGUUUAUCAGUGUUUGGGCCUUAAUGAGAAAGUUAUGUUUGGUAUGGCAUGUCUCAUCUGCAACAGAUCUGAGGGUUACCCUUUGCUAGGACGUGUUAGGGAGAUCGACUACUUCAUGUCCGCUAUGGAGGACUUUCUGAUAAGGAGCUGCAGCCGAGUUCUGAUGUAUGAAGGAUUACCAGGGUAUGGAAAAAGCCAGAUACUUAUGAAAAUCAAGUGCCUGGCCUCCGAGCCUGAGAACCACAGGGCUAUUGCUAUUGCACUGACUAAGAUCAGCUUCCAUCAAAAUUUUUAUACCAUCCAGAUAUUCAUGGCUAAUGUACUAGGUCUAGAUACUUGUAAACAUUACAAAGAACGACAGACCAGUCUUCAAAAUAAAGUCAAGAUGCUCUUGGAUGACAAAUUCCACUGUCUUCUUAAUGACAUCUUCCAUGUCCAGUUCCCUGUUUCCCGGGAGAUGUCCAAGAUGAGCCCAUUAAGAAAACAAAAGCAACUGGAAGCACUGUUUAUGAAGAUCUUGGAGAAAACAGUGAGAGAAGAAAGGAUUAUUUUCAUCAUUGAUGAGGCUCAGUUUGUGGAUGGAACCUCCUGGGCCUUCAUAGAAAAGCUCAUCCAAUCUAUGCCCAUCUUCAUCAUCAUGUCCCUGUCUCCCUUCCCAGACGUUCCCUGUGUGGCUGCCAGUGCCAUCAUGAAGAACCGGAACACCACCUAUAUCACACUUGGUACCAUGCAGCCUCAGGAAAUACGGGACAAGGUCUGUGUCGACCUUAGUGUAAGCAGCAUCCCCCAAGAGCUGGACUCGUACCUUGUGGAGGGGAGCUGUGGGAUUCCAUUUUACUGUGAGGAACUGCUGAAAAACCUCGACCACCACAAAGUCCUCCUAUUUCAACAAGCAGAGACCGAGGAAAAGACAAACGUGACCUGGAGUAACCUGUUCAAGAAUUCGGUUAGGCCAACAGAAGACAUGGAGCCUUAUACUAACAUCUCUGAGGGGCGUAAGGAAGUCUGUUACCUUGUAAGUGGUGUCAGACUGAAGAACCUGUCACCUCCAGCAUCACUAAAAGAAAUCUCUCUGGUCCAGCUGGACAGCAUGAGCCUUUCCCAUCAGAUGCUGGUGCGAUGUGCCGCCAUCAUUGGCCUAACCUUCACCACGGAGCUGUUGUUUGAGAUUCUCCCCUGCUGGAACAUGAAAACCAUGAUCAAGGCCCUGGCCACUCUAGUGAAGUCCAAUGUUUUUGAUUGCUUCCGGAGCAGCAAAGAUCUUCAACUAGCCCUGAAACAGAAUGUGACCACGUUUGAGGUGCAUUAUCGCUCUAUGUCCCUCAAGUCCAACGAGGGCUUAGUUCUUAGUGAAGAGGAGCUCCGUGAAAUGGAAGGGGAGGUGAUUGAGUGCCACGUGCUGCGGUUCUGCAGGCCUAUAAUGCAGAAAACAGCCUAUGAACUGUGGCUCAAGGACCAGAAGAAAGUCUUGCAUUUGAAAUGUGCCCGCUUUUUGGAGGAAAGUGCCCACCGCUGCAACCACUGCGGGAACGGGGACUUCAUCCCUUACCACCACUUUGUAGUGGACAUUCGACUCAACACUUUGGAUAUAAGAACAGUCAAGAACAUGGCCAAGUCUCAAGGAUACAAAACUGAAGAGGAAGUCGGCUUUUCUAAAUCAGAGCUCCCUAAGAAAUACAAAUUCCCUGAGAAUCGCAGUGAUGCAGAAACAAGGAAUAUAAUAUUGCAUUUCUUUGACAAUGUUAUUGCAAAGAUGGGGUCAUCUCAGGAUGACAUCAUCCCUCUGGAGUCAUGCCAGUGUGAGGAGCUGCUCCAGACUGUCAUCUUGCCACUGGCCCAGCAUUUGGUAGCCUUAGAAGAAAACAACAAAGCUCUAUACUAUUUCCUAGAAGUUGCAUCUGCUUAUCUCAUCCUGGGAGACAACUAUAAGGCAUACAUGUAUUUAGAUGAAGGAGAAAGACUGCUGAAGACCCUGACGAACGAACACUCUUGGAGUCAGACCUUUGAAUACGCCACAUUUUAUAGUCUCAAAGGUCAGGUCUGUUUUAAUAUGGGGCAGAUGGUGCUUGCCAAGAAAAUGCUGAAAAAGGCACUGAAGUUUCUCAACCGAAUGUUUCCUUCCAACAUAAUCACCCUGAUUUUCCAAAUGCAUGUUGAAAAGAACAGACUCUCCCACUUGAUGGCCCUGCAUCCCCAGGAGGGCUCGCUACCAGGGAAGAAACUGGCAGAACUCUACCUGCAAGCUUCCUGCUUCUCCUUGCUGUGGAAGAUCUACAGCUUGAACCUCUUUUUCCACUACAAGUAUUACGGCCAGCUGGCAGCCAUGAUGCAAAUGAACACCUCGCUGGAAACUCAAAAUAAUUUCCAGAUCAUCAAGGCUUUUCUGGACUAUUCCCUGUACCACCAUUUGACUGGAUACCAGGGCAUGUGGUUCAAAUAUGAAACCCUGGUCAUGGAGCAGCUCUUGAACCUCCCCGUGAAAGGCGAGGCCAUCAAAAUCAUGGCUUAUGCGGCUGAUACACUGGGCCAUAUCAAGUUAUUAAUGGGUCAUCUGGACUUGGCCAUUGAGUUAGGUUCCCGAGCCUGUAAGAUGUGGUCUCUUCUCCAGAAUCCCAACAAAUACCAUAUGGUUCUCUGCAGACUGAGUAAAUCUCUCUUCUUGAAAAGCAGAUACAAGCAUUUGGUCCAGGUUCUAGAAUUGUUGUGGGACUUUUCUGUAACAGAAGAGCACAUUUUCAGCAAGGCAUUUUUCUAUUUUGUCUGUUUGGACAUCAUGCUUUAUUCUGGCUUCAUUUACAGAACAUUUGAAGAAUGUUUGGAAUUCGUACACAACAAUGAAGACAACAGAAUCCUCAAGUUCCAGAGUGGACUGCUCCUGGGACUUUACUCCUGCAUAGCUGUCUGGUAUGCCAGACUAAAGCAAUGGCACGACUUCCACAGAUUUUCCAAUAAAGCUAAAACUUUUGUGGCGCGAAGAACCCCAACAGUUCUUUACUAUGAAGGCAUCUCGCGGUACAUGGAAGGGCAAGUUCUCCACCUCCAGCAGCAAAUAGAAGAAAGGAAGGCACAGAACAGUGGGGUUAAGCUCCUCAAGGCCUUAGAGAGCCUUGUGGCUGAAGACACCAUUGGCCCUGUCUUCUACCCAAGGCUCUACCACCUGAUGGCUUAUGUCUACAUACUGAUGGGAGAUGGGCAUAGUUGUGACUUCUUCCUGAACACAGCUUUGGAGCUUUCUGAGACACAAGGGAAUUUGCUGGAGAAAUGUUGGCUAAGCAUGAGCAAGGAAUGGUGGUACUCAGCCUUGGAUUUCAAGGGAAAUCAUUGGCUUCAGACCGUCUUGAGUCUUCCAACAUGGGAUCAAAUCGCAUCAGGCAAUGUAGCCCUUCAGGAUGUUCAAAGGAACAAAUUCCUGAUGAGAGUUAAUAUCCUGGACAAUCCUUUCUAAUAAUUCAUGAACGAGAAUAAGAUUGCAGUAAGAACCAUUUUUUUUUUCUUUUUUUUCUUUUUUGCCAUGAUCCAUUAUUGUCCUUCCUCCAUAGCCAGCCCCUCCAGGUUCAGAUCUGGAACCUUCCUUGUCGGUCAGCAUGGGUCAGCACCUGCUUUGCUGUAUUUAACUUCACACAGCUGCUGGAUAUAAAGGCAAGGCUAUGUAUCUUUUCUCAGGCUGUUUGCUUAACCUGCGGUGCUCAGCCCAUGCAAAAUCCAAUCAUAUCAAUCAGUAUCAGGGGCUGGAGGGGUUCUGGUGUCCCUGAAGGAAGGGUUGACAGAGACUUGCAGUUCCCACAGAAGCAAAGCUCAUUAAGGGAUAGCGCACUUCCACACGCAGGAGGAUCUGGGCUGGAGCAAGAAAAAGUUUGGUAGCUCCAAGGGUAGCUGUGCACAAAGGGUCUGCGCUUUUCGGCAUAUCUUGCUGAUACGCAGUUCUACAGACAACUUUGUAUGUUUUACCUUUUCUUAGCAUCUUAACUCUACCCGGGGGGGCUGUUUUAGUAGAAUAAUAAGUACUGUUCAUGUUCGGAAACUGGCUUUUUCUGUGGCGGCAGGAGAGCUGGUUUUAGUUGGCCUCACUCGGGAGGUGUUUCCAGCCUUCAGACGGCUCUAGGAGCCUUCUAACUCUUGGUCUGUUCCAUUCUCCUGCCUCGGUAUGAGAAAUGCUAAUAUCAAGGUAAAGUGACGUCUUGUGUUGCAUGCCACCGCAUGCACGCCAUGCCAGGGGUCCAAAGAAACGUGGAGUUGGUUCUGUCCGUCACCUGUAUGUGGUUCCAGAGAUCAGCCUCAGUUUGCUCAGUGUCUUGGAAGUAGCACAAUACUGCAAAUGCCAAAUCCCUGUUACCUCCCAAACCAGCCAAAUUAGAAAGGAUACAGUUUGCA